AUGGCUUGGAUUGAGGAAAUUUUCAAAGGCUUCAACUCUCUCAACUUCAAGAGCAGAGCUUUACUCCUUGCCCUCGUCGCUAUUCCCCCGCUUGUCACGUCUUGCUUGGGCCCUGUUACCGCUGAGGCCGUUACCUAUCUUUUGGCACGCCAUUACGCCCGUAAAUACAAACAACCCCCGCAAGCCACGGCUCCUGUCGAAUGCUCAGCGGAGCGCGAGAAUAGAGAAGCCAGGGAGGACUUGAGGGCUCUGAUUGCCAUUAUUCGUGGCUAUAUUGCGACUUAUCCUGGCACCGUCCUGCAUCACAGCGCGCUCCGCAACUCUGCCCUUGCAGGUUCCUCUGUCCAAUCUGCUUCGCGUACGGCUGCACCUUCUGAGCCACCGCAACCAAGCCCCGUUGUCAUGAGACGACGUUUGGCUUAG